GAAGACUCGUAGCCUGGAAAGUGGACGCUGUCUUCUGCCAGAUUCCAGAACUUCGAAGGUGAACCGAGACUCUUCCAACGUAACAAAGGCACCGAAACAAGCUCAGAACACAAUCAAGUUUCCUCCCAUUGUCAUCCUCUCAACACGGCAAGGUGUGCUUCUAUUCCACUGAUGUACCUGGGGGUUUGAGAGCAGUCUUCUCAGUAAGUGCUCCAAAGUCGUGACCGCUUAAACUGAACAUUGUACUAAUCGUCUUACAGGCUUAUCAUCACCUCCAUUUUCUCAAUCAAACCGACCCCCGUUGCGUCAAGUUCCCCAUCCAGUCCUCAAUCCACCGACCUCGAGAAGCUUUGUAAUCAUGGACAGUGGCAAUUCCAGCACUGGCUCAGAGGUCGUACAAGCUAUCCCAUACAUAUCGUUCACUCCCUUCCCCAAGAAAGCUGAAGAGAGAGACACAGAGGAUGGAGAGCGCCAAUUCGCGGUCUUCCCCAAACUUCCAAUAGAGUUGCGUUUCAAUAUAUGGAAACAUGCAUUGCCUGAGCCUCGACUGGUUACACUUUCACAUUUCUUCGACCACUCUGUUCGCGACUAUGACCACGAGUCUGACUAUGACGGCGAGUUUGACUAUGACUCUGACUCCGACGAUUUCGAUAUAAUUGGUCUCAAAACUGGAAUGAGAAUUACUUGUCAACAUGUCAGUAUCGACAUGCGGCAAGUCAAUUCCGAGGCCCGCGCUGUUGCGUUGAAUAAUUAUUCCCCUCGAUUUGAAGACAUUCGUGGAGGGGCCGUCUUCUUCAACAAUGAACGGGAUGUUCUUUGCCUAGAAGAAGUGAAAGGAUUGCAUUCAAAUUCAAGUCUGUGGGACCAGUUGGAUAAAAAAAUCACGCAAUCUUUCCAACAGAGUCUCGGACUCGUUCAGAACGUAGUGUUGAUCGACAAGGGCAUAAUGAUUUUUAGCUAUGGGCAUGCCAUGAAAUAUCGCAUAGGAUCCUUCUUCGACGACCUCCCCAACCUUGGCGUGGUCAAGGAGGUUGGAGACCGUAACUACUUGGAGCAGGAGAUGAUGACCGAGUUCAUCAAGGGUAUGGCGAAGAGGAAGAAGGACGGACUGCAAUUUAAGUCCGAUGUGAAAGACCCUAGCUUCCUCAGAGGUUUGGAGAAGCCGAAAGUGUUCUACUUGACAAGAGAAUCGUUCAACGAUCUCGAGGAUGACGGCAGCAUUGGAUUAGAUGCAGCCCAGAAGAGGUAUUGAAUAGAAUAUCAGUGUGCCCCUGCCAACCCCUGCAAACCUCACUGUUCUGUUCGCGUAGUAUUCCCAAACCAUGAUUGUCCGCCCAAAGGGGUAAUAACG